UGUCAACAAAGCUGUUUGUAUUUGUGAAGAUCCAUAUGAAAUAGAUACAGCAUCAGGUUUGUGUAAGCUGGUUGAUCACUGCAGUCCAGACAGGUGUACCACAAACCACACAGUUGACUGUUCAAACAGUCUUGAAGGGUUUACCUGUCGGUGCAAGGAAGGUUUUGACGGUUCUCUCUGCCAGCACAACACAGAUGACUGUGCCUCCAAACCCUGUGGCAAUGGAACUUGUACAGAUGAUCUUGAGUCUUACAGUUGUACCUGUGAAGAUGGAUGGGAAGGUGAUAAUUGUAACAUAAACACAGACGACUGUCAAAACCAGUGCUCUGAAGACCACUCUUACAACUGCACAGAUCUUUUACAAGACUACAUGUGUAAUUGCAAACCCGGGUAUACUGGAAAAAACUGCACAGAUGAAAUUGAUGAAUGUCAGCUGUUGCCGUGUGAACAUGGUGGGAACUGUACUGACCGUGUUGCAGAUUUCACGUGUAGAUGCCCUGAUGGAUGGGAAGGGAAGACCUGUGCAGAUCCGUACAACUAUUGUAACGACACUAUAUGUGACAACAACGGAGCCUGCUACAGCCUCAAGGAUACGUUUUACUGCAGUUGUGAGGCUGGCACCCAAGGAACACGAUGUGAAACCUCUCCCCCGGUGUGUGACCGUAUCAGUCCGUGCACAGACAAAGGCAAAUGUGAUGAAUCGGGAGGAACUGCAAACUGUACUUGUGAGAAAAAUUAUACUGGGGUGUCGUGCCAGCUGAUUAAAGAUUCCUGUUCCGCUGAUCCCUGUAAUCCAGGAGGAAGCUGUAAAACUCAGACUGUUGGCUACAGCUGCGAAUGUAUGAAUGGCUACCAAGGAGACGAUUGUGAAGUAGAAAGCCCACUGUGUGGUAGUGGUGCCUGUUUAUCUGGACAAUCCUGUGAGCAAGAAGGGAGGGUCAAGUACUGCUUGUGUCCUGCUAAACAAGUGUUUGGGGGAAGCGCGUGUAAAGAUGGUUCACUUAACUUUGACCUGUGGUUUGACAAGGGCAUGGUGUCUGAUGAUGUGUUGUCCGGACAACCUUUCAAGUUUAACAGUACUGGAAACAUGACAGUGAUGUUCUGGAUUGGUCUGUUGACUGACAUAUCAAGUGGAACUGUCUUCAAGAUGAAAAACGACAUGGACAAUACAAUGUUCCUUGAGGUUAAGACCAACAAUGUAAGCUUUAAGGGAAAUGAAAUCGCAAUGACAGUGUCUGCUGGCAAGUGGAACCACAUUGCUGUAACUUGGCAGUCCGAUGGAAAGUAUGAACUGAUCAUUAAUGGCAUUAAAAAGAAUGGUGCCACUACACAGCCUGCAUUUCAAGAGAAAUUGGUAAGGCUUGUGUUUGACAGUCAGUUCACUGGAUAUGUUUCCCAGCUUACAGUGUGGCGAGACAUUUUACCGUACACUGAUAUACUAAAGGCCAUUAAUAAUCCCCAGUAUCUACCUUCAUUUGACCUUGCACUUGGAUGGUAUGACUACAGUCUGACAAAAUCUACCUGGAGACUGACACCAAGUCGAGCAGUGGCCGAGAGAAAACUGUGUGAUGCACAACGAUUCAUGGACUCAACAUGUGAUAACAAAAUGGAUAAGAUGGCUCCACUCUCAAACCACUGCCCUGAAUCAGCCAUUCAUAAGAUAUCCCCUUCCAGAACAGUGCAGGUCCGAAAUGUUGUACAACCAGCAAUCACGUUUGGAGGACAAGAACCAAUUACAGAUAAUUUGAAAGGUGAUUUACUUACCUGGGGUGCUUACCAACUUGUGUAUGCUGCCACAGAUGAGGCUGGCAACAUUGGAGACUGUCGAUUCAAACUUUAUGUGAAAAAACAAGAUUGUACUGCUGCCAAUGUCUACUCAUCACCAACACUAUGUGGAACUACUAAAGCAGUACAGGGAUUCUGCCCUAUAAAUAAAAAGCCUGCAAUGCCCUGGCCAAAUAUUAUUAACUGUGGCGUUCUGGGAUCCUACAAUCGACUUGAUCCAUUCCAGAUGCCUGUGGAACCAACUUGUGGAGCAACUCGGAGUCAGAAAUUCACAGUGACUCUUGAAAUAAAAUAUCGAAUGCUGCUUCAAUGUACCACGACUAAGGUGAAAUUGCUAAAGACUGAGGUUCAGUCAGCCUUCCAAACACUUGGAUCUUCAUGGAGUGGUCUUACAAACAACUUGGCAAUUUCUGGGUACUGCUCAGAACCAGCAUCAUUGGAAGUGUUCAUUAAGGCAGAAUUCUCAAAGUUGUUAUCUGCAAUCAAGAGCCUGCCACCCAUUGAAAUCAUCAAACGAGCUGUCAUAGAAGACAAUAUACUGGAAGGAGCCGCCUUCUUGAAUAUUGCCAAUGCUGAACUCCAGAAAAAUGAAGUAGUGCUUGAUCAGUUUGCUUCAUGCGACACUGACGCAUAUGUCAUUGUUGGAAAUGAUUGUGUACAAUGUGGACCUGGUUCUAUCUUCAAUGCCACACUGAAGCAGUGUGUUUUGUGUCCUAUUGGGUCUUACAAUCCAACAUCAGGAAUAUCAGACUCGUGUAAGCAAUGUACACCACCUAAGACAACUCUGAGGAGAGGAAGUGAUGCUUCUACCGACUGUGUUGCUAACUGCCCAGUGGGUCAAUACCUGAAUAAUUCGGUAUGUACUGAUUGUCCAAAAGACUACUAUCAGAAUGAAGAAGGAAAAGAUUAUUGUCGACCGUGUCCUCUUGGCAAAAUAACAAAGAAUCCCAAGACAGAUUCCAAAGAUAAAUGUUUUGAUGACUGUCCUUCUGGAACUGAGCUCAGUGAAGGUGGUAAUAUUAAUUGCACCGACUGCCAGCAAGGAUAUUACCGGACUCAGACAGUGCAAGAUGUGUGUACUAAAUGCCAGACUGGCAAAACCACAAGUGAAAACAAAUCUAGAUCAGAAGCGGAUUGCAACUUGCCCGACUGUCAAAGUGGAAAUUUCAUUAAUGCAACAGAUAAUAAUACAUGUCACAUGUGCCCUAUUGGUCAGUACCAGCCUGUCAAGUGGCAGUUUGAAUGCAUGAGAUGUAAUGAGAACUACACCACUAAAUCUGAGGGUUCAACAUCUGUGAAUAACUGCACAUUCUACUGUCCGGAGGGAUAUGAAGUUGAAUCAGCACAAAAUGAAAAAUGCCGAAUCUGUCCGCGUGGAACAUACCGACAGAACAUUGGAAAUGAGAGAUUUUUACCAUGUCAGAACUGUACACCAAACACAACCGAUGGUCCUGGUUCUAAAACCAUGACUGACUGCUCCAUUCCAAUUUGUACAGCCGGUCAAAAAAUUACAAAUAAUCAAUGUAUGGACUGUCCAGUUGACACUUACCAGAAUGUCAGCUUACCAGAUUCAAACACCAGAUGUAUGAAUUGCCCUGAGGACUUUGGUACGAUGACCAACAAAUCUACUGCAGAAACUGACUGUAAAUCUGUUUGUCCUGAAGGAAAACAGUACAAUACUACAAGUGCAUCGUGUGUCCCAUGUCCUCAAGGUUACUGGAAGAACGAUUCUAUGAGGUUUGAUCAGUGUGAAAUGUGUCGUGAGAACUACACUACUCCUGGUGAAGGUUCAACCAAUCCUGGUAACUGCUCAAUAAGAGAUUGUGCACCAGGAACGAAAAUAAGUGGAGAAAACUGUGAGCCCUGUCCAUUUGGCGAAUACCAGGAUGAACCAAGACAAACUGUCUGCAAAGAAUGUGGAACAAACCUGAACACGUCAAAAACAGGAGCUUCCAGUAUUGAUGACUGUACAGUAUCAUGUGCACCAGGACUAGAGGGUCCGAAUGGCUCAUGUGUGGCAUGCAAAGAUGAUACUGUGAAAUCGUACAAUGGUAAUGGACAAUGUGAAACAUGUACUGGAAACAAGACAUCCAAUGAUAACCAUACCAGUUGCACAGGUGAAGUGUUUUGUGCCGUUGGUGCCGAAUAUGUGUCAUCCACAACAGACUGUUCUCUAUGUGCAAUUGGCUCCUUCAAGAAUAUCCGCGGUAACAUUCCCUGUGUAGCCUGUCCUGGAAACUACACUACUGCCAGUGUUGGAAUGACAUCCAAGACUAACUGCAGCAAAUUGCACUGUGUACCUGGGUUCUAUGGCUCAUCAGAUUCCUGCAUCCCAUGUGAUUUCGGCUUCUACAAGUCCGUCAAUGGCACUGACAACUGUACUAAAUGUGACGAGUCCCUCACAACCAGCAGUAAAGCUUCGACUGCCAAGUCAGAUUGUUCAGUUGUUGUGUGUGGCGCUGGGUCUUAUCGAAAUCAGAGCAACCAGUGUCAGCCGUGUCCAAAGGGCAAGUACCAGCCAAUGAGUGGGAUGGAUUCCUGUGAGUCGUGUCCGAACGACAACUAUACGACUGAGAAUCCAGGAUCAACCCAGUGAAGAUCAGUGCCUGAAAGUGUGUGAGAAGGGACACUACCGCAAUAAGAACAACACGUGUUCAAUUUGUGGUCUUGACUUCUACCAGCCCAGUGAAGGACAAGCGGCAUGUAUCACCUGUUCUUCUGAACAUCCUUACACCACGGCUAACACUGG